AUGGAGGAAAAAGCUAAGUUCGAAUUUGCGGAGGAGGUCGAGUCUCAGCCUCCUGACGCUGGCAUUGUGCUGGUUGACACCUUUGGUGAAAUCCAGCGGCUUCCUAUUCCUAGCAAGGAUCCCAAUGAUCCUUUGAACUUUACCUACUGGGAAAAAUUGGGUGUUAUUGUCAGCUGUUGCUGGUUCUCCAUCAUGUCCCUGUCGGUAGUCGGAGGAUUGGGUGCCAUCCUCGGCGUUUUCUUUGAGCUCUAUAUUCCACAGGGACACAGUUCCAAUGAGGUUGUCUGGCUUUCGACAUUUCCAUCGCUCUUCGUCGGAGUCGGAAAUUACAUCGUCUUGCCUCUUGGUUUAGUGUAUGGACGUCGUCCUGCCGCCAUCAUCUCGAUCGUCGUACUUCUAGGGGCAACCAUCGGUUGUGCUUUGUCUCAGAGCUGGGAGCAGCAUUUGGGUUUACGUAUCUUACAGGGCCUUGCCUCUGGUGCAACAGAAUCGCUUCUUCCACUCAUGCUGGCCGAAGUGACAUUUGUUCACCAACGUGGCCUGGUGUAUGGUCUCUAUUGGGCUACACAGAAUACCAUAACUAGCUGCCUCAAUUUGGCAAGCUCAUAUGAGGCUGCCGCAUUGGGUUGGCGCUGGUUCUACUGGGUUUACGUGAUUGCUGUUGCAGUCGGAAUGCUCAUCGUGAUCUUUGGCUGCUUUGAGACCAGAUACCAACGCCAAGCCCAAUUUGUCAACGGCCGCGUCGUGGUGACAGAUCAAUUCGGAGUGACCCAGGUGCUCAGCGGGGAAGAAGCAGAAACAUACCUUGCCGCUAAUAGUACGAAUGAGAGCGAGGAUGUCGCAGAGGAGUCUCGCCCCAAGAAGACUUAUUUGCAGAUGCUCGCUCCUAUUUCUCGCUCAGCCCCCAACCCGGCUCGGACAGUGUUGAAGUCCUGGUUUCAUAUGUUCGAGGUUUUCAGUUCUCCUGGCAUUCUUUACGCCACCCUCCUGUCAUCUGUGGUUUAUGGCUGGCCAGCCAAGAACAUCGGCUUGAUCAACUUGGGAGGGGUUUUUGGCGGCUUUGGCGGCAUGCUUUAUGCAGGCUUCUUUGGCGACUGGUUUAUUGUAUGGAUGGCCAAGCGAUCCGGAGGCAUCCAUACCCCUGAGCAUCGACUGCUACUCCUUAUCUUCCCAGGCAUUCUCGCUGUGGUAGCACUGAUACUUUAUGGCUUCACUGCGGACGGCACGGCCACUUGGGGAGGCCCCUUCAUGGGAUGGACUCUCUUCCAGGUCGCAUUUGUCUCUGUGCUAAUCCUAUCCACUUCGUUCGCUGCUGAAGCAUGGGAGAAGAAUCCAGGUCCAGCUCUCGUCGCGGUCGUGGGAACGAAGAACAUCAUCGCGUUCAGUAUCAGUUACGGAUUGAUCCCUAUGGUCCAGGAGUACAGCUACGCUGCCGCAAUGGGAAUUCUGGCUGGAGUUACCGGUGGCAUUUUCUUGCUUGGUGUUCCGGUCUAUCUGCUCAACCCUGCCUGGCGGCGGUACAUGAAACGGCGUGAGUCGAAGUAA